UUUCCAGCGCGCGAGAGGAAGUGACUGCGAGAGGGUGCGUGAGGGCGAGGGAGCGCGGCGCGGCGCGGCCGCCGCGUGCGCGAGCCGGGUUGCAGCCCAGCAGGGACUUUCCAGCCGGCGGCGGCGGCGGCCGCCGGCCCUUCCCCGCCCCCCGACAUGGGGCUGCCCGGGGAGCAGGACGCUGCGGACCGCGGCGGAGGACGCGCCCAGCGCCCCUGAGCCGGCCGAGCGGCGCGGACGCGGGUAAGGGACUCCACUACAUUAUCUGAAGAAGGAUAAGGUUGACGCUGCUUUGCUUUUUCUUUAUUGAAAUCUCUUCCCGCCUGAUCAAGCUUAGAUACAUCUUCUUACAGCAUAUGACACACAGGCUCGUUCUCCAGCCAGCAGCUUAGCUCAGGAGUGGGCCGUGCAUGGGCCAGGAUGCGGGACCCUGAGCAGGACUGUGAGAGGCCCCUGGGGCCCGCUGCAGAGCUACCCACGUCAGCGCCUCACAUUCCAGGAUGGAGCCGAGUAAAAAGCUGGACGCAGCCGGCACCCUGCCAGCCAACCCCCCACUGAAGCUGCACCCCGACCGCGGCGCCGGGCCUGCCGUCCUGGUCCCAGAGCAGGGGGGCUACAAGGAGCGCUUCGUGAAGGCCGUGGAGGACAAGUACAAGUGCGAGAAGUGCCGCCUGGUGCUCUGCAACCCCAAGCAGACCGAGUGCGGACACCGCUUCUGCGAGACCUGCAUGGGCGCCCUGCUCAGCUCCUCCAGCCCGAAAUGCACUGCGUGUCGAGAAGGCAUCAGCAAAGACAAGGUGUUUAAGGAUAAUUGCUGCAAGAGAGAGAUUCUGGCCCUUCAGAUAUACUGUAGGAACGAAGGCAGAGGCUGUGUAGAGCAGUUAGCACUGGGGCACCUGCUGGUGCAUUUGAAGAAUGAUUGCCAGUUUGAGGAACUUUUGUGUGUCCGUGCCGACUGCAAAGAGAAGGUGCUGAGGAAGGACCUGCGUGACCACGUGGACAAGGCCUGUAAAUACCGUGAGGCCACGUGCGGCCACUGCAGAAGCCAGGUCCCAAUGAUAACGCUGCAGAAACACGAAGACACCGAGUGUCCCUGCGUGGUGGUGUCCUGCCCUCAUAAGUGCAGUGUCCAGACCCUUCUGAGGAGCGAGUUGAGUGCACACUUGUCAGAGUGUGUCAAUGCCCCCAGCACCUGUAGUUUUAAGCGCUAUGGCUGCGUUUUUCAGGGGACAAACCAGCAGAUUAAGGCCCACGAGGCCAGCUCCGCGGUGCAGCAUGUCAACUUACUCAAAGAAUGGAGCAACUCUCUAGAGAAAAAGGUUUCCUUGCUGCAGAAUGAAAGUGUAGAAAAAAACAAGAGCAUACAGAGUUUGCACAACCAGAUAUGCAGCUUUGAAAUUGAAAUUGAGAGACAAAAGGAAAUGCUUCGAAAUAAUGAAUCCAAAAUACUUCAUUUACAGCGAGUAAUAGACAGCCAAGCAGAGAAACUGAAGGAGCUCGACAAAGAGAUCCGCCCCUUCCGGCAGAGCUGGGAGGAGGCAGGCAGCAUGAAGAGCAGCGUGGAGUCGCUCCAGAGCCGGGUGACCGAGCUGGAGAGUGUGGACAAGAGUGCGGGGCAGGCGGCUCGGAACACAGGCCUGCUGGAGUCCCAGCUGAGCCGGCACGACCAGAUGCUGAGUGUCCACGACAUCCGCCUGGCCGACAUGGACCUGCGGUUCCAGGUCCUGGAGACCGCCAGCUACAACGGUGUGCUGAUCUGGAAGAUCCGCGAUUACAAGCGGCGGAAGCAGGAGGCCGUCAUGGGGAAGACCCUGUCCCUCUACAGCCAGCCUUUCUACACCGGCUAUUUCGGCUACAAGAUGUGCGCCAGGGUCUACCUGAACGGGGAUGGCAUGGGCAAGGGGACGCACCUGUCGCUGUUCUUCGUCAUCAUGCGCGGAGAAUACGACGCCCUCCUUCCCUGGCCGUUCAAGCAGAAGGUGACGCUCAUGCUGAUGGACCAGGGGUCCUCCCGGCGACACUUGGGGGACGCUUUCAAGCCGGACCCCAACAGCAGCAGCUUCAAGAAGCCCACCGGCGAGAUGAACAUCGCUUCCGGCUGCCCAGUCUUCGUGGCGCAGACUGUGCUGGAAAACGGGACGUACAUUAAAGAUGAUACCAUUUUUAUCAAAGUCAUAGUGGAUACUUCGGACCUGCCAGACCCCUGACGAGUCUCUGGGGAGGUGGAUUGAGCAGAAGGCAACUCCUCUGGGGGGUUUGAACCGGCCGUCUCCACCGAGGUCCUCACGCCCAGAAAAGGACCUUGUGGAACGGAGGAAGCGGCAGAAGGUGGCCGCGGGCCGGCGGGAGGAGCCACGCGUCAGGACACACACACCACGUUUUCUAAUAGACUAGAAACACUUCACUUGGAAGAAUUAUUUAUCCUUCGACGAGAGAAAUACUGCUGUCAGAGAAGGUUUUCGUUUUCAUUUUUAAAGAUCUAGUUAAUUAAGGUGGAAAACAUAUAUGCUAAAGAAAAGAACCAUGAUUUUUCUUCCUUAAACACCAAAAAAAGAACACACACACACACACACACACACACACACACACAUGCACAUACCUGGGGAUAGCUGGACAUGUCAGCAUGUUAAGUAAAAGGAGAAUUUAUGAAAUCA